UUGACACAUGCGCGUAAAGAGAUUUCGCACGUGCAUCGGAUGUAAACAUUGCCGUUGAAGAAUUUAGUUUGUCUCACAAAAUUACGACUUUUUUUCCUGAAGUUAUGUGAAUUUCCUAAUAAAGAUGUCCCGAAUAAUUGUUAAAAAUUUGCCUAAUGGGUUCACGGAAUCGAAACUGCGCGACCACUUUAGCCGGUGCGGCAUCGUGACGGACGUGCAGCUCAAGUACACGCCGGAGGGCAAGUUCCGAAACUUUGGCUUCGUCGGGUACGAGUCGGAGGAGCAAGCGGCAAAAGCGAUCCAGCACUUUAACAACACCUUCCUGCGGACGUCGAAGCUGAGCGUCGCUCCGUGCGUGGCGUUGAACGAGGUGAAGGAACUCAAAUCCUGGAGCAAGUAUAGCAAAAAACCGGAGGAAACGAAGCCGGCGAAGGAGUCUGGCAAGGACAAAAAGAAGAAAACUGAACAGGCGCCCACGUCGGAGGAUAUUCUGAAGCAGCGCAAGCGCGAUCCUCAGUUUAAGGAAUUUGUACAGGUUCAGAACAAGGCCGGCAAGUCGGUUUGGGACAAUCAGCUGGAAAAGGACGAAGAGGAGGACGAGUCGGGUUCGGAAAGGGAAGAUGAAGAAGAGACGCAGGAGCACAACGAACAGUCGAAAGGAGGAAAAGGUCUGGCGAAGCCGAAAAAGGAAAGAAAGAUAACGAAUCUGUUUGUGGCCAAAAUUCACAACAUUCCGUCGACGACGAAGCGACAGGACUUGUUCCGAUUCUUUAAGCCCAUCAAACCGUACUCGAUUCGGAUUCCCCCGAAACAGAAGGGAUUUGCAUACAUUGGAUACAAAACGGAAGCUGAGCUGCGGAAGGCGCUGCUCAAGGACAAAAGCUUCCUCGGCGGAAAGCAGGUGAAAGUCGUGGACUUUACCGAAAAAGAUCGCAUGCGUGGGGAGGAAGGCUCGAAACUGGAUAAGAAAGAGAAUCCCAAGUGGGUUCGCGAGAAAGAAUCGGUCUGCAGCGAGAGCAUCGUGGAAACUGGGAAGCUUUUCUUCCGGAACUUGGCGUAUUCUGUGCAGGAGCAGGACUUGAAGCAGUUGUUUGAAAGGUACGGACCCGUCUCGGAGAUUGACCUGCCCAUCGAUGCCAACACCAGGAAGCUGAAAGGUUUUGGAACGGUAACCUUCCUGAUGCCGGAGCACGCGGUCCUCGCGUACAACGAGCUCAACGGAACGUUCUUCCACGGUCGCAUGUUUCACCUUCUUCCCGCCAAGGUGGACGAAAAAGAACGCGCCGAAGCGGACGAAGACGAUUCCGGUCUGACGUUCAAGCAAAAGAAAGAAAAGCAACUGAAAAAAACAGCACAAUCCUCCCACAACUGGAACACGCUCUUUAUGGGUGAAAACGCCAUCGCGGAAGCGGUCGCGAAAAAGUACGGCAAAACCAAGGAGGAAGUGCUGAGCAGCGAGGGCGGAACGACGAGUGCCGCUGUGCGAUUGGCCCUGGGAGAAACGGAGAUCGUUAUGGAGAUGCAAAAGUUCCUCGAGGAGGCGGGAAUCCAGCUGGAUGCGUUCAACGGGGUGGCCAAAAGCCGAUCGAACGCAGUUAUUUUGGCCAAAAAUUUGCCCGCCGGAACGGAGCCGGCCGAGUUGACCGAGCGGUUCGGCAAGUUUGGACUGCUAGGCCGAGUGAUUCUGCCGCCGAGUGGAGUUACGGCCAUCAUCGAGUUCCUGGACCCGAGCGAAGCCAAAAAGGCAUUCAAGAAGUUAGCCUACACGCGAUUCAAAUCGUUACCCCUUUACCUGGAGUGGGCACCGGAAAAUACAUUCGCAACCGAGGAAUCCCGCAAAAAUGCUGCAAAGUCUGAGGAGACCAAAAAAUCAUCCAAAACAGACGCGCAAACGCUUGAAAGAGAAGAGGAAACCCCGGUGGAAAAGCAGGAAGAACCGGAAGACGAUCGCGAGCCCGAAGAGGGCACCACGUUGUUUAUAAAAAAUCUUAGCUUCCAAACGCGCGAGGAUGCCAUUCGGGACAUGUUCAAGCACGUGGGAUCAAUCUACUCGGUGCAGGUGGUUCGCCGGAAGGACGGCGAACGGAACGAGAGUCGCGGUUACGGGUUCGUGCAGUUCAAGCUGCGCAAGUCGGCCGACACGGCGCUGAAGAACAUGCAGUCGGUUCGGAUCGAUGGCCGUCAGGUGGAGCUUUCGAGGAGCGAUAGGACGUUGAACACGGAUGCCGCGGGUGGAAGGAAGGCCACGAAGGUGAAAAAACAAACCGGAACGAAGAUUUUGGUGAGAAACGUACCGUUCCAGGCCAACGUGAAGGAGCUGCGCGAUUUGUUCAAGGUCUUUGGCGAGCUCAAGUCGGUUCGGCUGCCGAAAAAGAUGGUCUCCGGGGCGGACGAGAGUCACCGGGGCUUUUGUUUUGUGGACUUUAUGGCCGAACCGGAUGCGAAGCGGGCCUUCGAGACGAUGUGCCAGAGCACUCACUUGUACGGUCGGCGGUUGGUUCUGGAGUGGGCCGAAGCGGAACACGGGGUGGAAGAGUUGCGCAAGCGAACGGCCGAACAGUUUGGGGGAAGCACGGCGGGACAGGAUGCGGCCAAGCGGAGCCGAAAGGGCGUGUUUGAUUCGUCGCAGGUUAGCGCGGCGCUCGGGGCGGAAAGAGGAGGCGGCGAAAUGGAGGACGGCGAUGAUGGGGACGAAGAUGGGGAUGGGUUUUGAUGGGAGAUUAAGUUUAGCAGUUUUGAAAAUAUUUCGUUGAGAAAUAAAAAGUUCAAAACAG